ACACUUCCGGCAAAACAGUUUGUUGGCAACCAGAAUGCCAGCCCCGAAAAGAUACUCCGGGAUUCACGAUGCUGUCAAAAAUGGAGAUGUAUUGGAGCUGGAGUCUAUGGUAAAAAAUGGUGCCAGUAUAAACGAAGUUGAGGAGGCAGACAAGUUUACUCCUUUACACACUGCCUGUAAUAGUGGGGCAUUAGAGUGUGUUCAUUGGUUGCUUUGGCAUGGAGCUGAUGCCACAGUGACCACAACAAGAGGUUGGACCCCAGCCCACAUCGCAGCAAUCAGAGGCCAAGAUGCCUGCAUGCAGGCAUUGGUAAAUAAUGGAGUCAGCAUGUCUUCAAAAGACUCAAGGGGAAGCACUCCAGCUCAUCUAGCAGCUGCUCAUGGAAACUCUUUCACACUCAACACAAUCUUAAGGGCUGGAAUUGAUGUGAAUGCAACAGACAACUUUGGAUGGAGUUUGGUUCACUCAGCAGCUUAUCACGGCCGUCUGGGCUGCCUUCAGUUAUUAAUCAAAUGGGGAGCAAAUAUAGAUGAAGUGGACAAGGUUGGAAACACACCAGCUCACUUAGCUGCUGGAGAAGGCCAGCUUCCCUGCCUGAAGUAUCUAGUCAGUACAGGUGUCAACCCUUUACAUGUCCUGGGUGCCAGGAAUGACCAGGGGGAGACGCCCAAAGAUCUGGCCCAGCAGUUCUACAAGGAUGUCAUAGUGGAGUAUAUUAAUGGGAUAGAGUGGGAGAGGGACCACCCAGAAGAGGCAGAAAACUUGGCAUUCCCAGCACAUGUGGCAGCUUACACAGGAGACUUAGAUCAUCUACGCAUGUUAGUGGAAAAUGGAGUAAUCAACAUAAAUGAAAGGGAUGAGAAAGGGGCCACUCCAGCUCACAAAGCUGCUGGAAAUGGUCACCUCCAUGUUCUUCAGUGGUUAGUGGAGAUGGGAGCCAACAUGACUAUCACCAACCAGGCUGGAGAGACCCCCAGAGAUGUGGCCAGAAGGUUUGGUCAGCUGGCCUGUGUCAAGCUUCUAGGAGGAGAUCCAGAGGAGGACACAUCUGUGGUGGUGGGAGAAGAGGAUGAAGAAGAUGGAGAGGAGGAUGUAGAGGCCAGCACAGAGGGAAGAGGAGUGGCCCAAACAGAGAGGCAAAAACAGGAAGCAAGAUCCAGGGCCAAGAAGCGAGUAUCUGAACUUGAGAGGAUGUUGGAGAUUGCCAAAAAGAACUACACACAGCUUGGAGGAAGACUGGCAGAGGACAAGAAACGUAUGCAGCAGAUCAGGGACAAAGACAAAACCAUCACUGAGCUAGAGGCACAACUUGACUAUGAAAGACUGAGAAGAGAGAAGCUAGAGGCCCAGCUAGAUGAGUACAGAAGAGAAAUAGCUGAGAUGAAGUACCAACUACAGACCAGGGUGUAUGGAGAAGAAAGUACUGAUGAAGAAAUUGAAUCAGUAAUGGCAAGAGCUAAAAAACAUGGGAAGAAAUCAGGAAAAAAGGGAUCACGACGCAAGACAGAUGAUGAAGAAAGUGGAGUUUUCAUCAAAAGAAACAUGUCCAAUCCAAAGAAAGGCAACAAGUACAGAAUAGUUUGAAUCCAGUAAGAAAUGAAAGAUUUGAAAUUCUUGCUUUGACCAUUUGGAGGACUAUGUCAUAGUGCAUAUAAACUGAAACUGGUUUGUGCUCUUCGGUUCUGGUAGGGAGACACUAACAUUGUUAUCUCCAAGGGUUUGUAGUCAAAUAUGUGGUAGACUUUUAAUAUUAACCAGGGGUUUUCUUUUUCAUGGUAAUUUUAAGUAAAAAAAGAAAAUAAAUAAAUUCCUCUUCAGGGUACGGAACUCUGUACAUUCUGCACACACUCUAUGGAUAUGCCUACAAUUUUCUUUGUUAUACAUGUACAUUAUAUAUAAUAGUUAAGAACUGAAGAAGUAACACAUACACUUCAGACAGGACAAUUUUUCAUUGUAAACUGUGAUAAAUAUAUUAUUUUAUGUAUAAUAGUGCAUUGAUUUUAUAGAUGUUACUUUAUGUAUUUUUGUUUAUUUUAUGUUGGAGAAUGAGUAAAUGAGGGAGCAGAUGAUUAAUCAGUGUGGAUUUUUAAAUUUAAAUAUCAUGUCAAACAUGUCUAAUAUCAAAGGAAUUUAAUGUUUAAAAAUAUUUUCAUUUGUAAAAAUCAUCUUGUAGGUAAUUAAUGUACAAUUAUUUGAAAACU